AUGCGGCACGUGUGUGCCGAAGACACUGAGUGGACGCCCGUCCCGUGCGUCGGUUCCCUGGAUGUCUGCUCUGAGUGUGGGAGAAGAUUUGGCUUCAAGUCACAUCUGAAGAACCACAUGAGAAUCCACACAGGAGAAAAACCUUUUAGCUGCUCUGAAUGUGGUAAAGCUUUCACUGAAAGGGGACACCUGAAGACACACAUGAGAGUCCACACAGGAGAGAAACCUUUUAGCUGCUCAGUCUGUAAUAAAUAUUUUACACUGAAUGAAAAUUUACAGAAACACAUGAGAGUCCACACAGGAGAGAAACCUUUUAGCUGCUCAGUUUGUAAUAAAUCUUUCACACUGAAUGAAAAUUUACAGAAACACAUGAGAGUCCACAGAGGAGAAAAACUUUUCAGCUGCUCAGUCUGUAAGAAAUAUUUUACACAGAGAGGACAUUUACAACAACACAUGAGAAUCCACACAGGAGAGAAGCCUUUUAGCUGCCCUGAGUGUGGUAAAGCUUUCACUGAACGUGGAACCCUGAAGACCCACAUGAGAACUCACACAGGAGAGAAACCUUUUAGCUGCUCAGUCUGUAAGAAAUCCUUUACACAGAGAGGAAAUUUACAAAAACACAUGAGAAUCCACACCGGAGAAAAAAGAUUCAGCUGCAGUGUUUAUAUUGUUGAAGUUGUGUUGAAACUGUGUUGA